GCCGCUUUUCAUCGAAGAGUGUAAAAGUAAAGCAAAACUUGGUUGAGUGUUGCGUGCAGCUUCUGUGCAGGAAAUUCCGCUUUAAAUAGGGAAAAAUCUUUGAAACGGCUUUCGUUUCCUGUUCGAGGUAAGAAGAAACCACCGUACCCGAAAACGUGAAAUGCGUUGCUGUGUGCCGAAUUGUUUUCUUAAAUCUAAGAAGCACGAGUUCAUAGAUUUACCCACGGGCAAGGAGCUGCGGGAACGAUGGUUGAAUGCCGUUGGCGUUGGGACAGGUUAUGCGCUGACAGCCGAAAACCUUCCAAGCUCCACGAUCUGCAUAUGGCAUUUCAUGAACAGUUCGCAGAAGCUGGGCAGCGAUAGGUCCGUCAUCUUCCUAGAACCACUACGAUUCAUGCGAGAUUCUAGGGUCGUUGAAAUACAAACGUGCCAAUUGUGCUACCAAUUUGAAUGCAAAGAGGAAAUGUUUCCAGCAGCGUUGUGUGCAUUGUCGGAGAACGUGACAGAAAAGCUUUUCAACUGGAGUCCUGCCACUGCCCUCGGUGAAUAUUUGUGUAGCGAGUGCACCAUCAAACUGGAUAUCACGCAAAAUUUUCUAAAGCGUGUCUUAAAGAGUCGAAGGGAACAUGAAUUUGAUAUGCAAAAAAUUUGUAAGAGUUUCAAAAACAAACGUAAAAGUGGAAAAGUUAAAGUUUUACGAACAGAAGUUGAGCCAUUGGCAUCACUUGGGAAACGAAAAGUGUCUCGGUUAGAAGAAACAAACAAAACAAAAGAUGAAAUUCCCGGAAGUGCGCCUAAUUGCGUUAAGAUAUCUGCAGAGGAAGUUAAUACGAGUAAAGAUGCGAUCGAAAAUCAUGUAGGAACUGAAUCAAUGGAAGAUACCAAAGAUUUGGUAUUGGAAGAUAUUCAAAUUGAGUCCACUUCGCUUAACUGGUUGAAAACUGAAAAUGUAUCUGACUGUGAAGACGUUCGACGUUUGAUAGAUGAAACUCCAAGUAAUAAAACCAAUACACAUGUGCUCAAGAAAUCUAAAACUUCUCGAAAGGCUGAAGCCGAUUCGGCCGAGAAUUUAGACAAUGACACAAUAUGUUACCUCUGCCAGAAGGAUUUCCUGGAACCGAAGAAAUUGACCAAACAUUUUGUAUUCGACCAUGCCUAUCACGAGUCGUAUGUGUGUAUAGUUUGCAAUAAGUCGUUUGAUGCUCUGAAAAGCUAUAACUCACAUAUGUGGAAACACAAAACGGAUCCAAAUUUCGAGAAUCUAACGAAUGUUUCCGUCAAAGCCGAACCUUUGAGUUGAAGGCUUGUGAAAACGUGUUUGAUGCUUCCAGACAAUAGGUAAGCUAAAACUUAUCAUCUAUUCUUCCAACGUUAUCCUUACUGAUUAUUAUGUUUUCUUUUUUAAGGGAAACUGAGUCGUGAGUAUCACGUUUUAAGAAAAUUAUGCCUGUCGACAUUCUUUUGCAAAUUAAACA